UCCAUUCGAUUCAUUGAAUUUCAAUCAUACUUUUAUAAUAUAAACCAGCGCCAAAAAUUCGACAAUAUUGCUUUUAUUAUAUUUGUCUGAUUUAGCGUCUGAUAUGUUGUCAUUUCACAGAGAGUUAAGUUAUCAAGAAUACGAACCACAGGAGAACGCUGACUGUAGAAAAGGAAAAUGGGUCACAGCCCUUAUAAUAGGUGGAGGAGUCAUGGCAGUCUCUCUAAUAACAUUUGGUCAGGGAUACAUUAUCAUGGGUACAAUAUUCCUUUCAAUGGUUCCUUUCGCCUUCGGCUUGUAUUGGCUGUCGAAGAAAUGCAGAUCGGACGAGCCCGGGUGUCUUAAUUUCUUGAGGAGAAUAUUCUGUUGCACUAACCAUGAAUCGCCAGAGCUGCUACGUCAUCAAGAGAACUAGAAUUCAACUUGACAAUCAUUUUUUGAAUGCCACUCAUUGGCGAAAAUUUCAGCUUUUAACUGAAUUUAUUGACUGUUUUAUUGUUAAAUACGAUUUUGUAUUGACUUGAACAUUUUUAAUAAAUGAAUAAAAUAUUUUUAAAUGUUCCUUUU